AUGGCUGGUCAGGACCCUGCGCUGAGCCCGAGCCACAUUCUAUGACGUGGCAUCCUGCAGGUGGCAGGGGACGACCAGCUGGGGAGACGCGGGGUCACCUUCAGCGGCUGCCGGCUGCCACCCUCGCAGCAGCUGGACCACCAGCGGCUGCCGGAGUAGCUGAAGCGCGCGCUGGACCAGUACGUGGAGAACGGCUACACGAUCGGCUACGUCCACCACGGCCUCAGCAGCCAGAACAAGCCGUCCCAUCUCAGCCUCCUGAAUACCUGGGAUUACAGGCGUGAGUACAAGAAGAACCUGAAGGCACUGUACCUGCUGCACCCCACCAGCUUCAUCAAGGUGCUCUGGGGCUCAUCAGAGCCUCUCCUCAGUCACAAAUUUGGGAAAAAAGUCACCUAUCUCAACCAGAGCGAGCUCCGGGAGCAGCUCCAGUGUGACCAGCUGCCGGUUCCCCCGGAAGUCCUGCGGUACGAUGAGAAGCUUCAGGCGCCGCACAGAGGCCUCCCGCCCCCGCCCGCCAGGCCGCCGCUGCCCACGCAGCAGUUCGGGGUCAGCCUGCAGUACCUCAGAGAGAAGAAUGGCGGCGAACUCAUCCCUGCGGUGCCGAGGUUCACCGUGUCCUACCUGAGCGGCUGUGGGCUGCGCACGGAGGGCCUGUUCCGGAGGUCGGCCAGCGCCCCGACCAUCCGCCAAGUGCAGAGGUUGUAUGAUCAAGGGAAGCCGGAGGACUUUGACCUCUACAGGGACAUCCACGUCCCGGCCGUGAUCCUGAAGACGUUCCUGCGCAAGCUGCCCACGCCCUGGGACGGGACUCACCCAUCUCUGCUCUUGGGAGCCCGUGGGCAGUGCGUCCUGCGCUUGCCCCCCACUGGCCAAGCCAGGCCUCACGCAGCUGCCGGCUCCUGCUUCAGUGCCAAAGUAGAAGGGGAGAUGGUGUCCCAGGAAAGCAUCUUUAACAAGAUGAGCAGCUGGAACCUGGCCUGCCUGUUCGGGCUGAACUUGAUCUGGCAGAGGCCCGCCUCCCUGAGUGCUCUGGUGCCACUGCACUUGUUCACCAAGCUGCUCAUCGAAUACUACGAGAUCGUCAGCCCCCGGACACCCCCCAGGAACUCCGAAGGCGCCCUGCGGGCCUGCGGCUCUUCUCCUGGCCUCUCGGGGACCGCCGGGACGGGGGCGUGCAGCCCAGUGGCACCCUUUGCUGGAGAGCAGAGGGGGACACCACCGUGGCCCAGCCCAUCCACAGAGCGGGAAGCCAUGAGGCAGUGGCUGUGGCGCGGGUCCAUUCGAAACAAUGAAAUACAGCGUCUGAAACACGACCCAGCUGCUGACCGACGCAUGGGGUGA